AACGAUAUUGCUACGUUAUGUGUGCCUACACACUCGUCACACAUACUACAGUUGCUCGAUGUGGCCUGUUUUAGCCACUUGAAACUGGUAUCUGGCUGGCAAGUGAAACGUCAGGCAUCCCUUAGUAUUAAUCACAAUAUCGAAGUCGACUUUCUAUCGCUAUACCACGUCGCACAUGUACAGGGUAUUGCGGAGGAGGAAAACAUCAAGGCUGGCUUUGCAGCAGUGGGCCUAUUACCGUUCAAUCACGAUCGUGUGCUCAUGGUAUCAUCACUCACCGUACUCACCCAGUGCUUAUUCAGUGCUUACCUAGGCUUACCUAGCUUAUCUACACUUACCCAGCUGACUUGGGAGACUACUACUCACCCGUGUACUCACCCAAUGCUCACCGGGGUCUUCACCCACCAGCUCUCCGGGCUACUCACCUACCCAUGUUUCAGAGUAAGAAAACGCGGACAUUUUAAAAUGAAGAACAGGCAAGGCGACACGAAGGCAGAGAGCGAAAAAUGA